AUGAUCAAUGAAAAUCAUAAGUUCCUCUCCGGGGACGUUGCUGAUAGUGCUAAGAUUUCUAUUUUUGUUGAUUAUAAUAAGACAAUUAACCAAGUUGCUAGAAUUGGCUUCCAGAAAGGAGUAUGGGGAUAUCUCACGCCCUUCAGUCGAAGAGAAUGUAUGUGUAAAGAUCUGCAAGCACAUCCUCGUUUGGGUAGAAGAGCAAACAUAUUGGAUAGCUUCGUACUUCUGAUGCUGGGCUUUGAAUUGGAUCUAUAUUCUCCUAGUGAAUAUUGCAUGGCGUAUUGGUACAUACAUGUCAUUCUGAUGAAACUUGCAGAGAAAAUACAUAUCAAAAUGAUGAUGAGCAAUGAAAACAGUCGACGGAAAACAAAGAAGAAGAGAGAUUUUGAGAGGGACAUAGGACAGGACCAUCAUACUCCCCCUGCUGUCUUAUUGUUCCAGUGCUACAUCUACAUUGCUGAAGGUCUUAUGCUGGUAAUGAUGCUGGAUGUUGCUUUUGAAAUCUUCCGACACUUCUGCUUUCUGACCAGGUCGACGGAAAACAAAGAAGAAGAGAGAUUUUGUGAGGGACAUAGGAAAGGACCAUCAGACUCCCCCUGCUGUUUUAUUGUUCCAGUGCUACACUACUUUGCUGAAGCUGAGCUUCGCCGAAUAGAGCAGGUUGCAGAGCACAAUGGUAUUGCCCUAAACCUUAUUUGCCGGUUAGGGACUCUUGAGCCAUCACUUAAAGUUUCUUUCGAAUUCACCCACCAUCCUUACCUUGCAGUUGCUGUCGUGAAGAGAUCUUGA